AUCCCUUUUUAUCCUCGUCUCUUUCUUGGGGUUCAACAGCCUUCUUCCGGGCUAACUCAGUCACACCCUGGUCUCCAUGUUUACCAUUCCUCCUCAACACUAGCCUCAAGUCCUUCUUCAUACAUCGUUACAUAUUCGGCUAGCAACCAAUCUGCUUCUGCCUCGACACCACCUGGUAGUACUUUGUGCUCUUUUUUAACCAAUACUGUGGCUAGCUCGGUCAAUGGAUCAUCAGUAAGUAUUCCCUCUCAACUACGUAGUGGCUUCAUUCAAGCGCAUCCUGUGUAUACUUCAGGACAUUCUGUUCAUCCAUGCACUGCUGGAAUUACUUCUGCUUCUCAUAGUGCUACUAGCAGUUGUGCUGGUAGUGGAAGACAAGUUCCUUUGGCUGCUACAAUACGUUAUACGACUCCAAUAAUUAAUCAUGCGUCAGCUUCUUCCAUCGCCUCUGUGGCACAACAAAGUGCUGGCCCGACGUCACUUAUUAUUGUUCCUCCACAAAGCGUUCAAGUUCAAGCUUGUAGCGGCGCUGUGAAUACUGGGACGACUCCAGACGCUCAGACACAACUAUCAACACAUCACCAUCAGGUGUUUCUUCUACCACAUUCCCAGCACUCUCAAACUCCGGUGGCUCAACCUUCUGGCUCCACCCGCUUGCUUGUAACUGCAGGUCCCAUAACUGGAAGUAGUCACUAG